CUGAAAGACGAUUUACCGAUCAUUACAUUGCUAUGGAACAUGUUGCUUUGCUUCUGGUGUUUGUUGCUCCUUUGGUUCGGUGCUACAGUUCGGGUCAGGUUGAGGACAGCUGUGAAGAUAUGCAACCCCACCACUCUGGGCUCAGCCCACAGACAGAACCAGCACCCUACACCGUCACAGCGGACCACAGUGACUACAGAUUAGGAGAAGAGGUGAAAGUUCAGCUCCAUGCUCCAGCCUCCACACCAUUCAUUGGUUUCCUGCUACAGGCAAGAGAGGUGGGGAGUCGAUCUACUGUGGGCACCUUCACCCUGGGUGCAGGGACUGCUCAGCUCAUCACCUGCGAUCAGAGACCUAAUUCAAGUGUUUCUCAUAGAUCAACUUCUUUGAAGACCUCGAUUCAGGUGACAUGGAGAUCAGAAGCAUCAGGAAACGCGAAACCCAUUAAGUUCCAUGCAUCCUUCGUACAGAAUUACAGGAUAUUUUGGGUUGAUGUUAAAAGCCCUACCAUGACCUUCACUAAUGACAGUACUACACCACCAAGUACAACAAUCACAAUGCAUCAACCUUCGCCAUUUGCUAUAAGUAUUUCCCGUGCAGAUUGCGGUGUCACCAAGGUGUGUUUUAGUCAGCCUUCAAACUGUGACCCUACAGCAAGUGCUGACUGUUAUUUCAUGUCAGCCAUGAUGUUGUCUUACACUGAUGCAGCUUUCCACUAUGAGAUGACAGGUCUUUCUGAUGGAUACAUCUCCUUUGGAUUCUCAGAUGAUCAGAUAAUGGGAAACGACGACAUUUAUAUCUGCGGCAUAGGAAGAAACGGCCUUUUGCAAUUGCAACACGCCUUUUCAACAGGACGAUCAGCUCCACAAGAUCUUCCUCUGGGGAAUGUUUCAGAUGUAAGAGUGUCAGUGCAGGAUGGGGUGAUAAGCUGUUCCUUCACUUCCAUAAACACUUUUGCUUCUCUGAGGACCUCUGGCUUUAACAAAACCUACCAUCUCAUGUUUGCGCAUGGACCCACCAGCAACGGGCAAAUCCAGUUCCAUACAGGUACCUUUAUCAGCACUGACAAGGUGGACAUAUCCAGACCUCAACUUGUCAGAAAAGCUGGUUGGCCAUAUAUCAUCAAAGCACAUGGAGCACUGAUGCUAAUAGCCUGGAUGACCACCGGAUCAUCGGGGAUGAUGGUUGCACGAUAUCUGAAAGGACUGUCGAAAAGACAAAAGCCAUGCGGCAAAGAUGUCUGGUUCCUGGUCCAUAUUGCACUGAUGAGUGUGACUGUAGCAGCCACAGUCUUCGCCGGCAUCCUCUCCUUCUCAUACGUCAAAGCCUGGUCCGGGGGAGCCCAUCCAGUGUUAGGCUGCCUGGUUAUCAUUCUCUCAGUUAUCCAGCCCAUAUUGGCUCUGCUGCGCUGUGGACCAGAACAUCCAUGGAGGUUUUUGUUCAACUGGUCACAUGCUUUCAAUGGUGUGGCUAUAAAAGCUUUAGCAGUGGCAGCCACAUUCACAGGCCUGAAGAUAAUUGACAGCACCCUGGACCAAUGGCUGAUAAAAGUGAUGGGAGGUGCGGUUGGCUGGGAAGCUUUUAUCUACAUUCUGUUUGAAGUCAAUUUGAAAUUGAAGGUCAACAAUACAGAUACAUUGGAAUCAAUAUUGAAAACAGUUGAUGCCCUGCUGAUGGCUUUAUUUCUCCUGGGAAACAGUGCCUUUAUGAUUACACUGUUGGUUGGAAUUGGGAUGGUAUAAUAAGAAAUGUAAUUAAAUGUUUGAAUACAAUGUUUGGAUGUCUAAUUUGAUGGCCCUACAUGUUUUGUGUUACAAAGCCACAUGUAUGAAGUUGUACCAUGUAUGAAAGUUACUUCAACAUUUUUUUCAGUUUUUUUUAAUUUGCUGUAAUAAACAUUUAGUUAUUUUACCCACUAUACAGGAAAGGAAACUGAGCUUAAUCCAUUGUGAAUUGUUUUUCUUUCUGUAACAUGAUUUUAUAAUGUUUCUGACUUCAAUGUGAUCUCAGUUUUGUAAGAUGGAGAUGGCCUGUUGACAAAGCUGUGGCUAAAAGCAUUCUGCAAAAUUCUUGUAAAAAAGUUGAGUGUCGUACAGUAUGUAGUACUUCAUGGAUAUAGAAUUUUAAUUUCACUAUUGAGUUUUAAUUUGAACGUUUAAUGUUGAAUUCAACAGACUACCAAAUGUUUCUAAAAGUUUAUUUAAAGAAUAGAUAGCCUCACCGAAUGUAAGAAAGUACUUUAUAUUCAUUCUGUUAUUAUUAUUAUUGUUAUUAUUGUUAUUAUUGUUAUUAUUAUUAUUAUUAUUAUUAUUAUUAUUAUUAUUAUUAUGUCCACCAUUUUACAGUUUUUAUACAUUUUUUGUGUCAUUCAAGAGCUUUCAAUCACAUCACCCAAGUUGUAUUGACCUGACUUUCAUAUUUAAAUAUUGCCUACUAAAACUAAGUUGCUCUUAAGCUUUUAUUGACAUCAUAUAAACAUCUUUAGCAGUUGGACAUUUUCAGAUUCAAUUUUGUGAGUCAAAUUCCUACAAAAAAACAACAACAACCAAUUAUGCUGGUGUUUAUAUUUAUUUAGUUUUGUACAUUUCUAAGAUAUUCUGUUAGCAAAUGACCACUGUGUAAAUACAGUGAUGAAAAAAAGCAUGUUUAUCUAAAUAACAUCAGAAUGCUAUCUGCUCUUUUGAUCCAAUUCCUUCAAUAAAUGAAAUUAUUGAAUGCUGUCA